GGAUCGCCGCCGCCGGCAAAUUAAGGCGCAGGGCUGCGAGCGCCCGGGCGCAGUGUCUCCCGCGGCUUGCCGCGCUCCGGCGUCUCGGCGUCCGCCCCUUCUCAGCGGCGCGCCGCCGGUGCCCCGCAGCCUGCAGCCUGGGCCGUCCCCAGCGGGGGACGGGAGGAAGGACGCGGAGCGGGUGCUGUGGGACCCCCGGCCUUUGCGCAGCUGAUGCUCGUCACCAGCGUCCAGCGGCGCAGACUGUGGCCCCGCGGAGCUCCCGGCUGCGCCUGCGGCUGGUCUUCUCCCGCCGUCUCCGGCCAGUUCGGAGCCUCUGCGGCUCGAGGGCUUUGCGGUGGGAGAGAGAAGCGAGGGCGGCGUGGAGCUCUUAGGAGGUUAGGGCUGGCUCCUCCGGGGUCCCCGGCCGCGCCGUGACUGCCCUCGGAAACUUUGCGCUGCGUCUCGGCCUUUGUCUCCCUUGGGGAAAGCUGGACAGCAGCUCGGCAGGCCCCGUGCCCCGCCAGGACCGCGCACCGGAGGCCAUGGAGUUCACGGCGUCGCCCAAGCCCCAGCUCUCCUCCCGCGCCAACGCCUUCUCCAUCGCCGCGCUCAUGUCCAGCGGCGGUUCCAAGGAGAAGGAGGCCGCGGAGAACACCAUCAAGCCCCUGGAACAAUUUGUGGAGAAGUCGUCCUGCGCCCAGCCCCUCGGCGAGCUGACCAGCCUGGACGGUCACGGGGAGUUCGGUGGCAGCGGAGGCGCCAGCAGCCCAUCCUCCUCGUCGCUGUGCACAGAGCCGCUGAUCCCCACCACCCCCAUCAUUCCCAGCGAGGAAAUGGCCAAAAUUGCCUGCAGCCUGGAGACCAAGGAGCUCUGGGACAAAUUCCACGAGCUGGGCACGGAGAUGAUCAUCACCAAGUCUGGCAGGAGGAUGUUUCCUACCAUCCGGGUGUCAUUUUCGGGUGUGGAUCCGGAGGCCAAGUACAUAGUCCUGAUGGACAUCGUCCCCGUGGACAACAAGAGGUACCGCUACGCCUACCACCGGUCCUCCUGGCUGGUGGCGGGCAAGGCGGACCCGCCGCUGCCAGCCAGGCUGUAUGUGCACCCAGACUCUCCUUUUACUGGAGAGCAGCUACUCAAACAGAUGGUGUCUUUUGAAAAGGUGAAACUCACCAACAAUGAACUAGAUCAACAUGGCCAUAUAAUUUUGAACUCAAUGCAUAAGUACCAGCCACGGGUGCAUAUCAUUAAGAAGAAAGACCACACGGCCUCACUGCUCAACCUGAAGUCUGAAGAAUUCAGAACGUUCAUCUUCCCCGAGACAGUUUUCACGGCAGUCACUGCCUAUCAGAAUCAGCUGAUAACCAAGCUGAAAAUAGAUAGCAACCCUUUUGCCAAAGGAUUUCGGGACUCCUCCAGGCUCACUGACAUUGAGAGGGAAAGCGUGGAGAGCCUGAUUCAAAAGCAUUCCUACGCCCGCUCACCCAUCCGAACCUAUGGAGGAGAAGAGGACGUGCUGGGGGACGAGGUGCAAACGACCCAAAAUCGAGGAUCAGCCUUUACAACGUCCGAUAAUUUGUCUCUCAGCUCCUGGGUAUCAUCUUCAUCCAGUUUUCCCGGCUUUCAGCACCCACAGUCCCUGACUGCCCUUGGUACCAGCACAGCAUCCAUAGCGACCCCCAUUCCUCACCCCAUCCAGGGUUCUCUGCCGCCAUACAGCCGGCUUGGGAUGCCUCUGACCCCCUCAGCCAUUGCCAGCUCCAUGCAGGGGAGUGGCCCGACGUUCCCCUCCUUCCACAUGCCCCGGUACCAUCACUACUUCCAGCAGGGGCCCUAUGCUGCUAUCCAGGGACUGCGCCAUUCCUCGGCCGUGAUGACACCAUUUGUAUGACUCUCCCCAAAACAGGGGACUCCAGGUCCACAGCGUGCAAAUGGGUAUGGAGUAUAGGGCAGGGUUGGGUGGGCGGGAUGUGGGGUGUUGGGGCCGGAACUCUCCAGGAGACUUGCGACCUACUAAGAGGAGAGCUGGACUCACCAUAAAACCGACUGCUGAGGGAAUGCAUCAUGGACCAGGACUCAUCUGGGGUUGUCGGGUAGCUCUGGGGUUUGAGAAAGAAUCAGUGUCAAGUUUCUCAGCCAGCCUAAGUCCUGCAACUAACAGGGUAUCAACGUACCCAGAAAGUUUAUUAAUACAAGGCAGGUGAAUCAAAGCGCAUUGUUCCUCAUGCUUCAGAACGCUGUGUCGAUGCAGUAAUGUAUAAAAUCAACGUGUACAGGUUUUCUUUCUGCUUUCCACAGGUUAAAAGAAUCUUCGAAGAGGCAGUACCAUCUAACUUACCAACCGUAAUGCAUAAUGACUAACUGAAGUCCAUUCCUCCCUGUAGAAAAUGAGAGCCAAUAGAGAAAUGUUUGUAGUGCCGUAGCAUACGCAUGUUUUCUUUUCCUUUGUGUUAGUUUGCUGGGGAAGGAGCCGGGAGUGCUAAUGCAUCCUGUUUUGUGGAUGAAUUGUGGUGAUGACUUCACAGAGUUCUUUUGUAAUACUGAUGGGCCAGUACCUGACAAGCUCUUUUUCAGUGUAGUCUCCUUUCUUCCUAAUGCUUUCUUGCAAUCACUAGUCAUUGAUGUAAGGUAAAUCUUCUAUAUACAAUUUCAAAGCAAGAGACUUUAUGUGUUACGUUGUAAACCUGAGGGUCUAUUUUUCUGGGCUGCAUUCUAAAUACACUACUGAUUUAUUCACUGGGGAGCUUCUACAUGAUAACAUGUGAAGCUUUCUUUCACAUACAGCUGCAGUAAAAAGAUGGUUGCCAUCUUCUGAAAGGAAUUUCUCUGCCAUGGGUGCCAAAGGCCCCUUCAUUUUUACUUCAGCUUUGGGAGACCUUAUGGGUGUUAAAAAUGCACCCGGCCAAAUUCUCUUUUUUGUUAAAUCUGCUUUGUUGAUAGAUUAGCUGCUACUGCUGAUUGACAAGACUUUGUAAUGGCCAUUCUCAAUGCCUGUGUAGCCAUUUAACCUAUGCUCAUGAGGAGGUAUAUGUCCAUGUAUCUGAUUCGUCCUUUUUUCUUACUGUCACAUUCAGUGACUCCUUUACCGUUUUCCUAGCCUGUUAUGUGAAAUUACGUGUUAACUCAAUGACUGAAACAUUGACAGUGCUUCUAAGUAAAUCUCAAACAUUUAUCCACUUUAUUUUCAGCUCUUGCUGUCUUUUUAAGCCUUCCUUUAAUGUUGUAUAGUAACUAAUUAUAUUUUAGUUAUAUAUAAUCUAUAUUAUUUUGGGAAAGCAUAUAUCUAAACAUUUACGGUCAGAGUCGUUGUGCAUUUGGUAUUUUGCAAUAGUUCAUUUCCCUAUAACAAAUUUAAUGAGGUUUAUACUUCUUCAACUUUAGACAUAAUGCAUUCUAGCUAAGGAUAUAACUUGUCUUCUUCACAAAGCUGCCCCAAACUUUAUUUUAAUUUCAAUUUUGUAUGUAAUAUUCAUUUUACUCUGUCUGGCUGCAAAAGUAUUGAAUCUGUUAAAAGAGAUGGGAAAUACUGCCGCUGAGAGUAGAGAUGUAUUUGGGAGUAAAUGCAAUACACUUAUCACAUCAGACUCCACUGGGAUUUUAGUUGGUUGUUUUAAUGUUAGGCUUUUCCAUAUCAAAUUCCUUUCUUGGGCAUUUCCAGCUCAUGAAACAAGGCAAAAUGGCAUAGCCUGUGUGACGCCGCUAUUGGGCUUGGUAAUUGCCGUUCUCCACUGCAUCCAUUAGUUUACAUAUGGAGAAGCAUGGGCUAUGCUAACGAGGCAUCUCAAAGUCCUAUGGCAGACACUGUAGGCUAAUUUAUAGCUUCUGGCAUGUUGUGCUAUAGUAUACACAGGUAGUUUGUUUUCAAACACAGCACUAAUGUGCGUUUCCUUAAAAAAAGCAGUUAUGAGUAAUGCUUAAGUAGCCAUAGAGUUUAGGGUAGGGAUUUAAUAUUUAAUUGUUGGCCUGUUGCCAGCGCUCCUUUUAAUACAGGGUACUAUUGCUUAAAACAGGCACAACAACAGUUGAUGCCACUUUACCUGAUGCUACUCAAUACCCUGGUAAAUUACUGGUCUACUGAAGUACAUCAUACCUGAGUUUUCUUUUCAAUGGAAUGACUACAUCAUUUUAAUACUAUUUCGAUAUUUUCCCCAAUCGGUGUGUCUCAAAGUAGGGUUGUAUGUUUUGUUAAAUAUGGUUUUACACCAGUAUUUCCUGACUUCAUAACUUUAUUUUGUAAGUAAGCAAUUUAAGAAUAAAAAUAAGUAGAGUGCUUAGAGAAUAGAAAAGAGUAAGCUAUCAAAGCAUGCAUGCUAUUGGAAAAUCGCACCUGGGGUUCCAAAUUGGAUAUAUUUUUUAAGUAUUUGGUUUUAUUUGAACCAGAAAGAAAAAGCACAAGUGAAAUGGAGCUCACCCUCAUCAGAGUCACUCUAGCCAUGAGAUCCAGUGGUAGAAAUUUACCCACACUGGGUCUCUAGGAGCUAUUCUGGUUGUUGAGUCUUACUUCUUCGGCAUUUAAGAUUUAAAACUCUAAAGUCUAUUUUUACCAAAAGUAAUUGCAAGAACUAGAUAACUAGCAGGAAAGCCAACUGAAUAAUAAACAGCAUGAGUUAUAGUACAUUUGGAAUAAAUUCAGGGUUUGCCCUCCAGGUAUAUUACACCAUCAAAAAGCAUGGCUGCUAAAAAGAGGCCCUGCCGGAACUGCUUUCCCUAACCUGAAGGAAUUAAUCAUAACUUAGUAGGGUCUGCAUAUGUGACUUGUUUUUAUAACAUCUAUCAACAAUUCUGAGUAAGUUCUAUUUCUUUUUUAAAUUAUUUUUUAUUGUGAAAGACACAAUUUUUAGAAUUAGUUUCAGCUGUAAGUUCUAUUAUUUCUUUUACUUAGCGAAUUUCCCGCCGCCCUCUUUGCACCUUAGCAGGAUAAAGAUAAACAUACCCGUCUUCUUUGCUGGGCCCCUUGGGUUUAUAACAACGAUAUGCUGUUUGGAAGGUUUCCCACCAUUCCUAGUAGGUGGGCACAGAGUAGGACUGAUUCAGAAGCUUCCUGAUGAUGAGACGUCAUCUAGCACAACCCCUGUAUAGAGAAGUCACACUGCUCUCUGGGGUAGUCCAAGAUUUCCCCUCCCCCACGUGUACCCAAAUCUCUGUCAUUGCCUUUCUCCAGCCACAACAUCCCACCCACCCAAACAAGAAAAAGGAAACCCUCUAAAAGCCCAAGAAAUAAGUAUUCUCAUAGAGCAACUUCAUCCCAUUACUGUCUAUGACUUUUUCAGCGAGAUGUUGGGAUACUUAUCCCAAUUCUGAAUUUCACGGUAGCAUUUCAGGCUGUCCUGCUUAUAUUUAAGCUGAAUGAUUUUGAGAAAAAUUAAGCCUCAAAUAAAGUGGAUAAAGCGACUUUACCAGCCCAUUAAAUAAGCAGUCAAGCUUAGCCAUGACUCAGGAAAUGAAGUUCAAAAAUUCAGUUAUGUAAUGUGCAGGGUCACAUAGUGUAAGAAAAACAGUAUUUGUACUCAGUCUGUCAGCUGACUACGUAAGCAAAACUGUUUUCAUUAUUAAACACGCAUGGACUUGAUAAUUAUUACAAGUUCAACAACUAUACCCUAAAUCUAGAUUGCAUAGACAGAAGGAAAGGAUCAAACAGAAAAGAUUUUCAGCUGGCCCCUUUAGAGCCACAGUUGGGUGGAGGAUGGGUUUUAUACGUUUUUAUGUUAUUUCAGAAUGCAAGGAUUUUAUGCAAACAAGCAAGGAGAAGUUUACAGUCUCUUAAAACUUUAGAAAACCACACAUCCUUUCUUCACUGCUAUUCAUUCCAAGCCAGUUAUAAAUGAUUCCAACGCUUCUCUUUCCUCAGCAUGCUUCAGUAUGCAAAGGUUCACUUAUAAAUGUUCAACAGGCAAAUAGUCCAUAAGGAUUGUCUGGCCCUUCUUUCUCUGUGCAUCCCUUAAAUAAGUCUAACCCCCGUCCCCUGAUAAUCAGAAAAUAGAAACACUUUGGUGAAAUAAUACAUCUGGACAAAAAAUACAAUUUGUUGUAUUUUACAUUACAUUGUAUUCUGGCACAUUAAAAUACUGCAUUUAGUUGUUGUUUUUGUCUUAGUUUCAGAAACCUAAAAGAAGGUCUUUGGUUUCCUAGAGGAAAAAAAUUUGAAUUAGCCUCUUUAGUAGACUGUAUCACAGUUCUAUUGUUUGCUGUGUUCAUUUGCUUAAUGAAUUGCGUGAGAACAGUCACUGUAAUGAAGUGUGUGUGUUGGGGGCUGGGGGCAGGGCAUGGGAAAUGUUUUAUGAAAAAAGAAGUUAUAAGCCGAAUACUAUGAAGUAACAUCUAACGAAGUUCUUUUUAAGUGCAAUAUAUUUAUUUCUGCUAGAAAUGUAUUAUCAACAUUAUGUAAUAUUUGAAGCAUUACAUGUUAUUUGUAAACAGCUUAAAAUUAUAUAUUACCCAAAAUUGUACAGAAGUA